AUGGCCUUCCAGUACUUCACGAUCCUGGCGCUCGUUGCUGCCGCCAGCGCUGGCGUCCUGCCCGCUGCUCCCGUCUAUCAUGCCGCACCAGCUGUGGCCACCUAUGCUGCCCCCACAACGGUGCUGAAGACGGUGGCCCAGCCUGUGCUGGCCAAGCGCGAUGACGACUACGAUCCGCAUCCACAGUACAAAUUCGGCUACGAUGUGCAGGAUGCCAUAUCCGGUGACUCGAAGAGCCAGGUGGAGGAGCGCGAUGGUGAUGUCGUUCGUGGCGAAUACUCCCUGAUCGAACCCGAUGGCUACAAGCGUAUCGUUCAGUACACAUCCGAUCCCCACAACGGCUUCAACGCAGUCGUCAACCGCGUUCCUGUGGAUGUCAAGACUGUGGUUAAGACUGUGGCAGCUCCCCAGCCUGUGGCUUACGCUGCUCCCAAGGUCCUGGCACCUGCAGCUCGAUCAGCUUAUUGGCGAAUUGUGUGCGCACUCUUUGAAGACGCUGCUGCAUUUCCUUGAGGGUCAGAAGCCAGUCUUUGCGCAAAGAGUCGGUUGUCAAUAUCUUCUCAACAAUGCGACUGGCAAAAGCAGUGGAGCUUUCUUCGUGACUCUCGCAUAGCAUAGAUUCUAUUUGACCUUUGACCGUAUACACGUGCAC